CUUCCUAUAGUGCAACGCGCACAGUCGCCGGUAGAGGAGGCGGGGCGACGCGCGUGGCAUCUUGGGAGCUGUAGUCUUCUGCGCAAGCGCUCGCUGAGUCCGAUUGGUGGUUCCGGUAGAGGCGAGACGCUGCAAGAAGAAGGCACUAACUUCUGAUUGGGUCUCGGGGAAAAAUGAAAAGUCUUCGCGGUUUUGGGCCGAGACCCAAGAGGAGACCCGGAGAGACUCUGGGCGGGGGAAGGCGGGGCCUGUGGGCUUAGGGCGCGAGCGGUUGAAAGGCGGCUGGUAUCGGUUGGGCGGCUGCAGAUCCACCCCGUGGUCCCGGUUCGUCUCCAUGGCUGCCCCCGAGGAGGUGCGGGUUUCUCCGUCGCCGCCAGCGCUGCCGUCCUCUCCCCCGCGCUCAGACGACUCCUCGGCAUCUUCUCCCGGCCUCCCGGCGCGUUUGGACUGGCCGGUUCCGAGCCGGAGCAGCGGCCGCGCGGUGGACCCCCUGGAGGAGGUGGCGCUGCAGAUCGGGGACGCAGCAUUUUCAUUAACCAAACUUCUUGAAGCCACAUCUGCAGUAUCAGCUCAAGUGGAAGAACUUACCUUAAAAUGUACAGAAAAUGCACGCUUCCUUAAAACAUGGCGGGACCUCUUGAAAGAAGGCUAUGAUUCUUUGAAACCAGAUAACUGAUUUGACUGUGUAAUAAUUCACACUUUGUCAUAUAAGAUAUUUGCACAUGUACCUUAUCUAUAAGAUAUUCUCUUUCUAGCAGUUCUGUAUACUCACGGUGAAGUUUUUCUUGCUUUUGGGAAAGCCACAUACUGAUGUUACUUUUUGCUGCUGGUUAAUAUUUGUUUAUUCUUAAAUGCUUUUUGUUCUAUAAACUUAAUGAAAAUUACUUUAUGGGUAGGUAAUCUUAACAAUGCCAUGGUGUUACCAGUAGCAAAUGAGGUAGACUAUUGCUCAUUUUGCAAAAAGACUCCAAGAAUGGCAGAAUUUGAAGUUGAGCUUCAAUUUAUGCAGUGUGGGUAUUAACUCCAAGGUUACCAGUGUUAGCUCAAGUUCUCUAGAACCAGUGAUGGCUUCUUCUGUGUCCUCAGUACUUAGAACAAUGUCACACAACCCUCAUUAAAUAAGAGUUGACAACAGUUAAAAGUUAUUUUUUCUUCCUGUUUUUAGCAUGAAUGUUGUAAUUGUCAAAAAACAGAUUUCAAUCAGAACUUCAUUGAGUUAAAGUGAAAUGCUUCCCUUAACUGAUUACAGCUUUUAAAUACAUGUUAAGAUAUUUUUUGCCCUUCUGUGCUGCUUUUUUAAAAAGCUUUUCAGAAAAUGAAAGCCUGUUUUACCCUAUUUAUUUCUAAGCUUAACUGCUUUUACAGAUGAUAUUUCUUAUAUUUGAUAUUCUUAUGUUUGUUCUCCUUAAGUGCCUUAUUAAAAUUAUGGUUCUGUAUGAUUGCUUUUGGAGCUUUGCAAGUUGUCUGUAAUUUUAAAGAUGUUACUUUGUUUUGAAUGCAUCAAAUCUGAGUGAUGCAAUUGUUUUCUGUUUUAUUUGUUCUGAAUCUUAUGUUAUCCUCUUUCUCUUUUUCUGGUUGUGUAUGUCAUGUGUCAGCAAUUAGGUACCUAGUUCUCUACUAUAUAGCUUCUGGAUGUCUUUGAUAUGGCAUCUUAAUUCUUUGUAGAUCCGGAGAUGUGUACAGAGCUAUAUUCUAACACCCACAAGGGGGCCAUGCAAGGGGACAAAUGGAUGGACAAAGAAUAGUUUUGUUUAGCAUAUUAGGUCAUAGUUCUUGAUUCAUUUUUUACGUUGAUAAUUACACAUAUGCUGUGUUCCAUUACCAAAGAGAUGCUUAUUUUGUUAUUAGAAAAUUAUUUUUCUUAUAUGUAUGAAAUUGCAGUUUUCAAAUGUACAGAAAUAAAAUCUUAAAGCAAAUUUUAUUUCCACUUUUUUGGGUUUAUUAUUUUAAAAUGUUUUAUUGAAAUAACAGGAAAAGGGGAUGAUUUAGAAAUCCUUGUAGUCUCACCAUGCAGAUUUAAUAAAUGUUAGAAUUUGGCUCUCUUUCUUCAGAUAUGCAUAUUUUAAAAAUGUAAAUAUUAGCUACAUUUUGUUACCUUUUUGAUUCCAUUCCCUUCUUUCCUUCCCAGAGGUAACUACUACCCUAGAGAUGGUGUAUAUUCUAGUUUGUCUUUUUAUGUUUUUUAAUAACAGUAUGUUUUCAGAGCACUACAAAACACUGUUUUGUUUAUAGGCAACUAGCCUCCAGAUGGCUCCAGUGACAGCCUGUGUCUUCGUAUUGACGCCGUUGUACAGUCUUGUACAGCAGGAAGAGUGCUCACUUAACAUAACUACCAUAGUGUUGAAGAAAUGCAGUGUGUGAUUUCCCAGGUCAUACCUCUUGCCAAUUUUUUAAAUUAUGUUUUGUCUUUUCCUUAAGAUUUGUAUAUAUUUUGAAAACUAAUGAUUUGUUACAUUUCAACUAUCUUUUCUAUCUGUGGUUUGUCUUUGAUUAUGGAGUUGAAUGAGUUUAGAUUUUAAUGUAGUAUCACCAAACAUUCAUAAUAGUGUCUUCUGGGUCUUGUAGACCCUUACAUAGGACACAGCAUAAAGAUGUUCUACAUAUUGGGCCUCCCCAGUGGCGCAGCGGUUGAGCGCUGGGUUGCAAAGCUGCCCGCAGCCUCUGCAGCGCCUGUUAGAUCCCCGGCUGCUCCCUGGCCACCAGAGGAGGGUCCCACAUGGCGCGCAGACCUCUCCUGCCCCCUGCUGCUCCCCUCAGCAGUGUACUUCGGUCCUUCUGCCUGCUCUGCUCCCCGCCCUGGCUCUGGUGAAUUCUCUCACCCUCCCGCGCUUCUGACUGUACCCAGUGCUUGUAUAAAUAAAU